CCGGCCCCGGCCGCCGUCGCCGCGAUGGGCAACGCCGCAGCCGCCAAGAAGGGCAGCGAGCAGGAGAGCGUGAAAGAGUUCUUAGCCAAAGCCAAAGAAGAUUUUCUUAAAAAAUGGGAAAAUCCUGCUCAGAAUACAGCCCAUUUGGAUCAGUUUGAACGGAUCAAGACCCUCGGCACGGGCUCCUUUGGGCGAGUGAUGCUGGUGAAGCACAAGGAGACCGGGAACCACUUUGCCAUGAAGAUCCUCGACAAACAGAAGGUGGUGAAGCUGAAACAGAUCGAGCAUACCCUGAACGAAAAGCGCAUCCUGCAAGCGGUCAACUUUCCGUUCCUCGUCAAACUCGAGUUCUCCUUCAAGGACAACUCGAAUUUAUACAUGGUCAUGGAGUAUGUGCCUGGCGGGGAGAUGUUCUCGCACCUGCGGCGGAUCGGAAGGUUCAGUGAACCGCAUGCCCGCUUCUAUGCGGCCCAGAUCGUCCUGACCUUCGAGUACCUGCACUCACUUGACCUCAUCUACCGGGACCUGAAGCCGGAGAACCUCCUCAUUGACCAGCAGGGCUACAUUCAGGUGACAGACUUCGGUUUUGCCAAGCGUGUAAAAGGCCGCACCUGGACCUUAUGCGGGACCCCUGAGUACCUGGCCCCGGAGAUCAUCCUGAGCAAAGGCUACAACAAGGCUGUGGACUGGUGGGCCCUGGGGGUUCUCAUCUACGAGAUGGCCGCUGGCUACCCGCCCUUCUUCGCUGACCAGCCCAUCCAGAUCUAUGAGAAGAUUGUCUCUGGGAAGGUGCGGUUCCCAUCCCACUUCAGCUCUGACCUGAAGGAUCUGCUGCGGAACCUGCUGCAGGUGGACCUCACCAAACGCUUCGGGAACCUCAAGAAUGGGGUCAACGAUAUCAAGAACCACAAGUGGUUUGCCACAACUGACUGGAUCGCCAUCUACCAGAGGAAGGUGGAAGCUCCCUUCAUACCAAAGUUUAAAGGCCCUGGGGACACGAGUAAUUUUGACGACUAUGAGGAGGAAGAGAUCCGAGUCUCCAUCAAUGAGAAGUGUGGCAAGGAGUUUACUGAGUUUUAGGGGUGUGCCUGUGCCCCCAUGGGUUUUCUUUCUUUCUUUCUUUUUUUUUUUUUUUUUUUUUAGAUUUUAUUUAUUUAUUUGAGAGGGUUGGAUUGAACAGCCAGAGGGCCCUAGAGUUCCUUGCAUCUAAUUUCACCCCCACCCCACCCUCCAUGGUAGGGGGAGCAGGAAGCCAGAUAUUCAGAGGAAUGGAAACACCAGCUGCUCCCCCUCAACCCCUCCCCCUCCUGCCUCCCCCUACCGCUUUUGCCUUCCUCCUCCCCAGAAGACCCCCACCCAACCCACUUCUGCCUGUUUUAAACGAGUUUCUAUGUUCCAGUCAGACCAUGUCUUACUGGUGUAUUCAGGGACAGGGUGUGGAAAGAGGGGCCCAAACUUAACUCCCUCCCCACCCCCCCCUAAACCACAGGCAUCACCCACUAAGGGCAAAUGAAGGAAAGGCCAGCCUUCUCUUCAGAGCAGUGGUGCCUGGAAAGGAGAGAUUUUAGUGACCUGUUCAGUGGGCUGCUUGCUAGAAUUUAAAAAAAAAAAAAAAGAGG